UACAACAUCCUAACCUUCGUACUAUGAACGAAUUUAACGAGUUGAAAAUCGAACCGGAGUGCGGACCGUUUUUAAAUGAGCCAAAAAAUUAAAUAGUACACGUAUAAUAAUGUGUUAGAUGUAAUAUGAAACCAAAUAGCAACUUUUUAGUCAUAUGAAAAAGAACCAUGCAACGGCGGCGAGAACGGAUCCGGAGACAGAGAUCUCCAUCGAUGAGGCUCUUCCCGUCGGAGCUGAAGCUUCGGCGCCUUCGCUGGCGGGUCCUUCAUCAGCGGACGAUGAAGGAGACAUGUUCGGAGUGGGAGAUGGCGGAGAUGAGGCGGAAGGCGAGUCAGAUGAGCUAGUGGGACCUUCGGAGCUAUCGCCAGAGCUUGAGUCGGGGCUUGAAGCCGGAGUUUUGGUCGAGGACGAUGUCGGAGGCUUUGCAUUGGCUCCACCACCUGAAGAUGGGGAAGCGCUAGGAGUAGCGGUUGAGUUCUUCUUGGCGUUGGUCGGAGCAGAAGCAGUAGGCGGCGAGGUCGGAGCCGAGGCGGUUGAUUUUUGCGGUGAUGCGGCGGGAGAUUUUGGCGAUGAUGCAGCGGCGGGAGAUUUUGGGGAUGGUGCAGCGGUUGCUUUUGGCGUUGAUGCGGGGGUGGAUUUUGGCGAUGCUGCAGCGGCGGGAGAAGGAGAUGUUGAGCUUUUGUCGCCGUUAGCUUUAGGCGCUCCCGCUGGCUUUGGAGGAUCGGCAGCGAAGACGGCUGUAAUGGCCAAGGCGGCGACGGCGAGAGGUAGGAGCUUAAGAGUCAUUAUGUAUGUAAGACUUUUUUUGAAUGCAGUAAUUAAUUAAUUUAAUUUCUUAUUAUUUUUGUGACCUGCGUGGUUUUAUAGUGAAUGUGAAAGAGAUU